AUGAUUAAAAAAAUUUAUUUUUAUAUAUUAAUUAUUUUAUAUUAUAAUACUUUUGUGAUUUCUUUUGAUAUUGCAGUUAAUUAUAAUGUUGAAAGAAAUUAUAAUUCAUUUGAAGAGUGUGGUUUAGCAGAUGAACCAGUAUGUACAUCAUUAGAGGAUGCUGGGAAUAGAGCGAUUUUAUUAUCAAAAAUUGAAAAUCAAAAUAAUCCAAAUAGCAUUAUCAUUAGUGGCGAUAUCAACCAAUCAUCAAUUACAACAGCGGUUACAUUAGGAAAUUUAUAUAAUUAUUGUGGUAUUUUAUGGAUUAAAUCAAGUAGUGACACGACCAAUGUAAACAUUGAUGGAGGUGGCAGCUCGACAACACAGCCAUUUCUUAGCAUUCAAGAAGCAGUUCAACCAAAUUCAACCUACCCGUGUGCAACACAGAGACGGUUCCUUUUUGCAGGUAUUAAUUUUACAAAUUGGGAUCAAACAAUUGUGAAAAUUAACAUCAAUCAAGAAACAAACCCAACUCCACAAGAUAGUUCAAAAUAUGUUGCAAUAUUUUUUAGAUUUGUAAAUAUAAUUUCUUCAAGUAGUAUAAUUAAUAUUUAUCCGAUAAAUGACAGUGAUGCUGAUGAAAUUGUUUAUAAAAAAGACUCAAUAUUGGUUUACUUUAUUUCAACAACUGGUUAUAACUUAAGGUCACCACCAUCACCAUCACCAUCAACAAAUGCAUUGGUAUCCAAUGGUGAUUUUAUUUCACCAAUUUAUAUAGUGGGUGGCAGUAUUGUUUAUAUUUUAGAUGUGGAGAAUAGUGAGUUCUUGUCAACGCCUUUUAUAUUCAUAAGGUCUGGUGAUGUGUCAAAUUCAGGGUUGGAGUCAAUAUCAAAUAGUUAUUUUUCAAGUCCAUUCAUAUUAUCAAUCAACUCAACUGUUAGAUUACUAGAUUUUAAUUUCUUUAAUAAUCAAUUAUCCACAUUUAUAUAUUUUUAUAAAUGUUUCUCUCCUUUUUCAUCAUCAGUUUUAACAAGAUUAGAAAAUAUUAAAUUCUCAAAUAUUACUACUAGUAGUAGUAGUAGUAGUAGUAGUAGUGGUAGUAGAAGUAGUAGUAGUAGUAUUGCAAUUAACCAAAAUUCAACAUAUGGUCAAUAUAAAUUUGAAUCAGCAUUUACAGUACUAAAAGAAUCAAAUUUAUUUUUAAAGGAUUAUUUAAAGUAUUCACCAUCAAAUACAAUUGAAAAUGAUUUAGUCUAUAUAGAAAAUAGUACACUGGAAUUUGAGUUUAAACUGUUUUUUCCUUUAAUCUCUUCAAAUCGUUUAUUCAACUCUAUCAAUAGUUUUUUAACUUUAACCAAUUUAAAUCUAUCUUUUAGUCAAUCUCCAAUCAUUGGUAAUAACUCUACCGUAUACCUUAAACUUAUGACAAUAUCAAAUAAUACUAUUUGUGGUUGCAAAGAAUGCAAUUUCUAUCAAGAUGAUACUAAAAUUAAUACUGAUUAUUAUCCAUGCAGUUCACCAACAGAAGCACCAACUAAUAUACCAACAACAACAGGAGUAUCAACAACUACAGGAAUAUCAACAACAACAACAACAACAACAACAACAACUACAACAACAACAACAACAACAACAACAACAACAACAACAACAGGAACAUCAGAAAUUCCAAUUCAUACAAGAAAACCACAAAAAAAUUAUAGAACAAGGAAUAUUGUUAUUAUUUUAACUAUUUUAGGAACAGCAUCAAUUUUAUCACUAGUUAUAAUUUCAUUGGUUUAUAAAAGAUAUAUGACAAAGAAAUAUUUAGUAGAUACAUUUUCAUUUAAUGAUAAGAGUAGUUUUGAUGAUAAUUUAAAUGCAGUUGCAGAAGAAGAUGAAAAAGCAGUUUCUCCUGAUAUUAAUUUAUCAACAAUAGCAUAUGAACAUCAAUAUGAAGAUAGUGCAGAACUAGAUAAAUCAUAA